CACCCCAAAUUGUCUCCCGUUUUAGACAAAUUAUUUGAUACUUCAAUGCUAAGUUAAAUUUUAGUUGUCUCGUAGAAUUUCAAAUCCUCCUUUUCAUCUACCUUUGCUGAAGUUUCUUCUUAUUUCUUAUUUCUUCUUUCUACUUUCUCUCUAGCGGGAUUGCUGUCUGUCCUAUCAUAGCCAUUGGUGGCUUGUAUCUGGUUCAUGGAUAUUGAUCUCUUGUGGUUUCAAGGGGGGUGGUUUCUAUUUCAGAUUUGCAUGGCAAAAACUUCAUCAUUUUCUUCAGAAAUCUCCGCAAAAUUUACGAACCCUUUUCUUCUUUUUCUUGGGCUUGUUUUUAUCCUUCUUGUUCUUGUUAAUUCCUCUGAUCCUUCAAAAUCCUCCAUGGAUUCAUCACUUCCCUCUGAAAGACUUCUCUUGGACUCAGAUUCCGCGGCAAAAUCGACCAAUUUUCACCCAAGAAAGAGGGAAAAGCACUCACAUGGAUCUUCUCAUUCCAAGAGAGAAUUUGGGGCUGGUAAGCAUGAAGUUCCCAGUGGACCAAACCCUAUUUCCAACAAGUAGUAAGUCCGCUUAUUUUAAAGCAUGAAUUUUCACAGGGAAGAAGAAGAAAGGUUUGCUAGAGCUGCAGUAAUGGCAUUUAUUUUUGUAUUUUGUUCUUUUUGUCUCUCUCUAUCUCUCUCUAGUCAUUAAUUUUAUGAGUCGCCAUUAAUACACUACUUGUCCUCAGUGAGAAGUUUGUUAUCUUAUGUUGUCAUCUUCAUCAGUGUAUAUCCAGAGACAAAUCUUUAUUUAUAUAUUAUAUAUAUAUAUUUGUAUGUA